GCCCUGCCUCCCUCCAGUCAGGAGCGCCCAACUUUCCUGAGGAGCACACGCUGCGUGCCUGGACCUCUCCACACCACAGGGACUUUGUUACCAACUGCUUUUUCCCACGAGAUGUUGAUUGUGCUCGUGCGACAAUAUCUCCUCGUCUCGCGGUCUCGCAUAAGAUUGAACUAAAAAAAACAACAUUUUUUUGAACUGCCUUUUUUUCUUAUUGUGCGCUGACAACUCCCGGGGCCAAUAACCACGCAGGUACAGACUGCCCUCCUGAGCAGGGACUGUACCGGGAUUUUCUAUUAUUAUUGAUUUCAACUUGGAGACGAAAGUGACCGAUCUGUUGGAAUUGGUUUGUUCAAUGACUUGCAAGGUUGGACCUGAAGUUACAUUCGGAAAGCUGUAACAAUAAGAGAUUUAUUUAAAGCGCUCUUUGUGCCGCUGGAGGUUGGUCGACCAUGCAGCUGGACGGUCUGUGGACGGUCCACGCCCUCCUGGCACUGUCCAGCUUGGCUCUCGGGAACCCAGUGAGCAAUGAGCCAUUGGCCGCGCCCCGCGUCUUCAUCUCCUUCAAAGAGCUAAGAUCCACCGGUACUGCUCAUCACUUUGCCUACCUCCUCAACACGUCUGACUACCGGAUCCUGCGUAUGGAUGAGGACCAUGACCGCAUGUACGUUGGCAGCAAGGACCACAUCCUGUCCCUGGACCUCCAUGACAUCAACAAGGACCCACAUAUUAUCCACUGGCCGGUGUCCGAACGAAGAAGGAUGGAGUGCCUUGUGAGUGGGAAGGACGCCAAUGAGGAAUGUGCAAACUUCAUCCGUCUGGUCGAGCCAUGGAACCGGACUCAGCUGUACGUCUGUGGAACAGGAGCUUACAAUCCAGUCUGUACCUUUGUCAACCGCGGGCGCAAACCUCAGACGUCCAUGUAUCUGCAGAUGGCCCAGGCCAGAGGAAGGGCUAGCCGCGCAGCUGAACCCAGCGCGGUGCACGAGACACUUGGACUAAAGGAAGAAAUCUUCCAUUUGGAGCCAGGCAAAGUGGAAUCUGGGAAGGGAAAGUGCUCCUACGACCCGAAUCUCAACAGCGUGUCAGCUUUGAUCAAUGGUGAACUGUAUGCUGGGGUCUAUGUUGACUUCAUGGGAACAGACUCUGCCAUUUUCCGUACUUUGGGGACAAAGACUGCCAUGCGCACAGAUCAGUACAACUCCAGAUGGUUAAAUGACCCCACUUUCAUCCACGUACAACUCAUCCCCGACAGCGCAGAGAGAAAUGACGACAAGCUGUAUUUCUUCUUCCGGGAGAAGUCCUCUGAGAUGGGUCAUAGUCCUGUGACCCAGUCUCGCAUAGGACGCAUCUGCCUGAAUGAUGACGGAGGCCACUGCUGUCUGGUUAACAAGUGGAGCACCUUCCUGAAGGCCAGGCUCAUCUGCUCUGUGCCAGGGGCCGACGGCAUGGAGACGCAUUUUGACGAGCUCCGAGAUGUUUACAUACAGCCAACACAGGACACAAAAAAUCCUGUCAUAUAUGGCGUCUUCUCUGUCUCUGGCUCUGUCUUCAAAGGCUCAGCAGUUUGUGUUUACUCCAUGGCUGACAUCCGCAUGGUCUUCAAUGGACCCUUCGCCCACAAAGAGGGUCCCAAUUACCAGUGGGUGGCCUACACUGGGAAGAUCCCCUACCCUCGACCCGGCACGUGCCCUGGAGGUACGUUCACCCCCAACAUGAAGUCCACUAAGGACUAUCCAGAUGAAGUGAUUAACUUCAUGAGGAAUCACCCUGCCAUGUACAAUGCCGUGUACCCAAUACACAAGCGCCCCCUGGUGGUUCGAACCAAUGUGGACUAUGAGUUUACCACCAUCACUGUGGACCAGGUGACAGCUGCAGAUGGCAACUAUGAAGUGCUCUUUCUAGGAACUGACAAGGGAACAGUUCAGAAAGUCAUCGUUCUGCCCAGAGAUGACCUGCAGACUGAGGAGCUGGUCCUUGAGGAGGUAGAGGUUUUCAAGGUCCCUACUCCAAUUACAACAAUGAAGAUCUCAUCCAAAAGACAACAGCUGUAUGUGUCAUCAGUGUUAGGGCUGACCCAGCUGGCUCUUCACCGGUGUGAUGUGUACGGCGAGGCUUGUGCUGACUGCUGUCUGGCCAGAGACCCUUACUGUGCCUGGGAUGGCAAGUCCUGCUCCCGUUACUCCGCCUCGCAGAAAAGGUCUGACCCCUUUAGACGUAGCCGGAGGCAGGACGUCAAGUACGGCAACCCCAUCCGCCAAUGCCGAGGCUUUAACUCUAACGCCAAUAAGAACACUCUGGAGAUGGUGCAGUAUGGGGUGGAGGGAAGUAGUACCUUCCUGGAGUGCCAGGCACGCUCUCCACAUGCUGUCAUCAAAUGGCAUCUGCAGAGAGAUAACAGUGACCGCAGGAAAGAGAUGCGUUCUGAUGGUCGGAUUUUGAAGACAGAGCAAGGUCUACUCCUGCGGUCUCUGCAGCCCUCUGACUCCGGCAUGUACCAAUGUACGGCCACGGAGAAGAACUUCAAACACAUGCUGGUCAAGCUGCAGUUGGUGGUGCUGUCGAGCCGGGCCGUCAACAACGUGCUGGUGGAGGGCGGAGGAGGGCUGGUGCCGUCUUCUCUUCACUCCGGCAGCACCCAGUGGACCCCCAGCGCAGGCCAGUACAAGGACCUGCUGACCAUCCUGAGCCAGCCAGAGAUGAGCCUGAUCAAUCAGUACUGCCAGGACUACUGGCAGUUCGGAGACCCGCUGCUGGGUGCCCUCAAGGCCAAAGACCUGAAGGAGCUCAAGGAGCAGAAGAAGCCCCGCAACCGUCGGCAUCAUGGGGAGGGGGAAGGGGAGGGGGAGGAGAAAUAUGAGCAGGAGGAGCAGGAUGAGGAGGCAGAGACAUGAGGAGCCCAGCUUUGUGUUCUAAAACACCCUCAACCACCCUUUCUCCCACCCUGUGAAAACUGGGAGAGACUCAUUGAGAGUAGCAACAUGAAAAAUCCACAAACCAAGAAAAAAAAAGAAAAAACUGAGAAAAAAAGAGGCUUACAAACAAAACCCCACAUACACCCUCUCAAACAGUAAGAUAUAUGAUACACAGUAUUUAUUGUAGGUUGUAUAUAGUAUCAUUCUGUGGAUUUCUUUGUACUUAUAGAAAAAAAACAUGCUCUUUGUGUAUAGGUACCUUUGGGGCAAAUAUUAUUGUUAUUAAUGAUGUUGUUAAUUUUAUUGUUGCAGUUACUGUCAUUACAAAACUUAUCUGUCAGCAUCAGAUGACCUCGGCGACUGGUUGGAAUGUGUUAUCAGGCAUGUAAGCUGUUAAGAGCGAGCUUUGAAAAGCUCUAACGGGGAAAUGAGUUGUUGAUAAGGGGUGAUGGGAUCUCUGUUUUUUUUCAUGCUUGCUUUGACGCGAUGCCAGGACUCUUUUAUUUCUGGACACACCAGGAACUCCUGUGGUGCAACCCCCCCAUGGCUGCAUGCGGACAGAGACUUAAUAUUGCCAGGGGACCAUCGACACAUGGUCCCAGUGAUUGUGGGGAAACAAUCCUUUUUUCAUGGAAACCCAGACGUACAGAUGACUGUUCAAAUAUUUUCACUGGUGUAAUUGGGCCUUUUAAUAGGAAACCGGUGCUUGCCACCUUUCUAUUUCCUUCCUGAUUGGAGGAUUGAUUGUAAAACGAUGCGGCAUCUUUGCUACUUCUCAGCCCAGAUACUAAUUCUGAGUAUUUCAAUCUCAAUUGUACUCUACUUUGAGUAACCUGCAGCUUUUUCUGGCCAUGACGUUUAAAUACAUAGAUGACAUACACAUAGAUAAAAAAAAAAAGCAAGUAAUCAGAUCAGUUUUGAAUAAAUCUAUAUCUAAAUAUAGUGGCUGGGUUAUUUUCAAAUGCAGACCUCCUUUGAACUGAGAUUGAGGUGCAAUAAAGGGUCAAGGUUUUGCACGAAGGGCAUUAUUCUUUUACUUUCACGGGACAUUGGCCGGGGCCAAAUGCAACAAGCACACGGGCAAGUUAUAGUUGACUUCUGUAAAAAAAAACUAAUUCAAUUCAAGACGAAAGAGGUGCCCAGAUCAGGCAGCAGUUGUAAGCUCUGAGCACUCGAGACAUCUUUUGUUCUUCCUUUGACAUUCAUGUGUGGAAAAAAAAAAAAGAUUGCCCAUAUACACAACAGAGCAUUGUAACAAUGUUGUGACACUAACCAAAAUAUUGGGAAGCUGGCUUUCAUUAUGUGCAUGAACCUGUAUUUGUACUGUAAUUCUGAUACUGUGUGGUCGUUUUUAUUUUUUUAUUUUUUUCAUCUCUAGGGGUGUACAGUAUGGUCUCUGAGGGACGCUCUCGUUACAGGGAAACGGGGAAAACAAAUGCCCCUUUUUUCAAAUAUACCCUGUUUAAAGCAUGAUGCAUCUUUUCAUUGACAUUUAUUUAGACUUUGGCAGAGUAUUAAGUGAAAUUAUCUCACGUACUGUAUGUGUUUGGAUAGCACAUAAAUAGGGAAAGUAUCACACAACGGCGAAUCCAUUAUGCAGAUAAAGGCAGUUUGGUUUAGAUGAGAGGGUUGUUGUUAAAAUGUGAAUGAUAGUUGUAUUGAUUCAAAUUUUUUGCUCUAUUAAAAACUUAGUACAGCUGUUCUCCAGCAAGUGAAAAAUAAUGACGUAUAAAAUAUAAAAUAUUUGACAGGGAAGAAAAACAUAUCUGGAACAAGGUGCAAAUUAAUUUUCAUAACAUUCUGACAUUUCAAGGCUUUUAAUACACCCUGUCUACCUUGUAUUGAGACUGUCUUGAAUGCCUCUGGGAAGAUGCAUCCAUAAUUCAUACAGAGGUAUCUGUAUCUGCUCCUCAAUUUGGGAUGUCUGUCUGCAUUCCCAGAAUCAAUUACAGCUCCAGAUUGUCUCCUCCAAACGAGACCGGGGGUUAUACAGCAAAAAAAUGCAAAGAAAGGUUGUACAAUUUGUUGGUAUUUUUAAAAACGUGUCUGUAGUUUUUGAGUGUUUUUGUUUGUUUUGUAUUUUUGCAUCAUCAGACUUUAUGGAAAAAAAGAAAAAAACUAAAUGCACAAAGGUGAUGUUCUUGUAAUGACUUGUGUAAAUUACUCUAUCUUCCCUUUCCAUUGUUGUUGCUGACUAAUAAAUUAAAGCUCUAUAUUUUAUAAGAAUGGAAUGCUCCCACCCUUCAUUGUGAUUGGCUUGAUACUGGAUGUUUUCCAUGUUCUGCCCAGAACCCUCUGGAUCCUUGGAAUAAAGUUGUACCUGUUAAAGAGA